UCCAUUUUAUCCCCACACAAAAACUCAGCAGAAGACUGAGAGAGAUGAGGAUGAGAUUGAGCUAAAAAUUCCCAAAUUCGAAUAUGAUAGUAACACUAAACCCUAGGAUUCUCUAUUUCUCGAAGUUUCAUCCACAAUCUCCUCUUUCUCGUCCUUCUACAUACUUGUGCAGAACACGAAACGUCUCUCUGAUUACCAAUUGCAAGCUUCAGAAUCCUCGAGAUGGGAAAACGAUUUCGAAUAAGAGCAGCGGUGGCGGAAGUAUCACGAAGACCAUUUCGCUCUCCGAUUCAGCGCCGCCGGUUGCGGAAGAGACCGGCGGGGAGAUUUCCGGCGAUGGGGUUGUUAAGGGAGGCGGUAAUGGUGGAGGAGGAGGAGACGGUGGUUUAGGGUUUUUGAAGAGGUUACCGAGAAAGGUUUUGUCCGUUUUGUCUAAUUUGCCUCUAGCUAUCACAGAAAUGUUCACCAUUGCUGCUCUCAUGGCUCUCGGCACUGUGAUUGAACAAGGUGAAACCCCUGAUUUCUAUUUUCAAAAGUAUCCAGAGGACAAUCCUGUGCUAGGUUUCUUCACUUGGAGAUGGAUUUUUACACUUGGGUUGGAUCACAUGUACUCUGCUCCUAUAUUUCUUGGGAUGUUGGUUCUCUUAGCAGCUUCACUUAUGGCAUGCACUUAUACUACUCAGAUACCUCUCGUUAAGGUUGCAAGGAGAUGGAGUUUUAUGAAGUCAGAUGAGGCAAUUAAAAAGCAAGACUUUGCAGAUACUCUUCAAAGAGCAUCUAUUCAAGACUUGGGAGUUAUUUUGAUGGGUGAUGGAUAUGAGGUAUUUAUGAAGGGUCCUUCGUUAUACGCUUUUAAGGGUUUGGCUGGUCGGUUUGCGCCUAUUGGAGUGCAUAUAGCAAUGCUUCUGAUUAUGUUGGGUGGAACACUUAGUGCAACCGGGAGCUUUAGAGGCUCGGUCACAGUUCCUCAAGGGCUAAAUUUUGUCAUGGGAGAUGUCUUAGGUCCAGUUGGGUUUCUCUCAGUUCCAACAGAUGCUUUCAAUACGGAAGUUCAUGUUAACCGAUUUACCAUGGACUAUUAUGAUAGUGGAGAGGUCUCACAGUUUCACUCUGAUCUUUCACUACGUGACCUUAAUGGGAAAGAGGUUCUGAGAAAGACAAUCAGCGUUAAUGAUCCCCUGAGAUACGGUGGGGUCACUAUAUACCAGACAGAUUGGAGUUUCUCGGCUUUGCAGGUGACAAAGGAUGGUGAAGGACCAUUCAACUUGGCUAUGGCACCUAUUAAGAUCAAUGGAGACAAGAAGUUAUAUGGGACUUUCUUACCAGUUGGUGAUACUAAUGCUCCCAAUGUCAAAGGAAUAUCGAUGCUUGCUCGGGAUCUACAAUCCAUUGUUGUGUACGAUUUGGAAGGGAAAUUUGCGGGAAUAAGGAGACCGAACUCGAAGCUUCCCAUUGAAAUCGAUGGUAUGAAGAUCGUUAUUGAGGAUGCAAUUGGAAGCACUGGUCUUGAGUUAAAGACUGACCCUGGAGUACCAAUUGUAUACGCUGGUUUUGGUGCUCUAAUGCUCACAACCUGCAUCAGUUACUUAUCUCAUUCACAGAUAUGGGCAUUACAAAACGGAACAACAUUGGUGGUCGGGGGAAGAACCAACAGAGCCAAAAACGAAUUCCCUGAUGAUAUGAAUCGUUUGCUCGAUCAAGUUCCUGAGCUAAUCAAGAAGACUUCUGUUGCCUCCGAGCUUUCUUGAUUGGUUCUUCGAGUCUGAUACAUUUCAAGACAAAGCCAAUAAAGUUGUACAGAUCUGUGAAAAAAAAAAGGUAUAGGUUUCAAGAACGCACUUGGGAGCGCAUUCUACAUGUUGCUGAUCAUUUGGGAAGAGAGAGGAGCUAUAGAAAUUGAGACUUCGGAAUUGAUUUGCAUUGUAUAUUUUAUUUGAAGGGUCUGAGUUUCUACACCUUGAAGUUAGAAUAUAUAGGGUGAAUACUUUUUUUUGUGGGUAGGUUUUCUUGUUUGUCUAGUUAUAUGAUCUGUAUGUAUGAUCUAGCUACAAUUCCGCAUCUUUUUGUCGCACUAUAGUUUUUUUUAUAAAUUAUUGUCAAUAUUUUUGAA